AUGCUCAGAUUAUCCUCAAACUCCUCAGAUUAUCCUCAGACUACUCCUCAAACUCCUCAGUCUAAUCCUCAGACUCCUCCUCAGAUUAUCCUCAAAAUCCUCAGACUACUCCUCAAACUACUCCUCGGUCUAAUCCUCAGACUCCUCCUCAGAUUAUCCUCAAACUCCUCCUCAGAUUAUCCUCAGACUCCUCCUCAGAUUAUCCUCAGACUCCUCCUCAGAUUAUCCUCAAACUCCUCAGAUUAUCCUCAAACUCCUCAGACUACUCCUCGGUCUAAUCCUCAGACUCCUCCUCAGAUUAUCCUCAGAUUAUCACUUUACAUAUAUAUAUCGAUAACUAAAUAA